UCUAAAGAGCUUUGUGGAGUUUUUUAAUAUGUGAAAGUCUGUGUUGUUUUUAUUUUGAUGAGGAGUAGAGGUGGGGGGACGUCAGUCAGUGUCAUUUGAUUUCCUUUUCCAAAGAGUUCCAAAACACGUCCAGAAUGCUUUCUAAAAAGUAUAGAGGCGGAUCACAAAAGCAGAAGGAAACGUGGGGAAAUUAUAUAUUGUAUGCACUAUAAUAUUAUAUUGUUAGCCUUAGUCUUUUAAGGUUCGAUUUUCUUCUGGUACAAAGUUAGGAAGUAUUUUUCUGUAAGGGAGGAGUCAUUUCGAUGUUCUCUCCUUAAAACAAAAGAAAAAGAAACAAAACCAAAAACUGGUUAUUUAGAAAAGUAAAAUUAAGAAAUAAAAUCAUACAAAUAGAUAAAACAUGUAUAAUAUCACCAAGAAGAAUUAAUGUCAAAGCUAAUGAAAACGAGAACCCCACUAAUACGUGUCUCCCUGUUGGGAGCUCUUCCAUUAGUCUCGGUGCGUCCACGUGUGUGUACUCGAUUAUUAACUUCGUCAUAAGCAGUUGCUUUCUUACUUUACAAUGGAACCAGUUGUCAGAAGAACUACGUCUUUCAAUGUGUUCUGCAGUGAAAAGCUGAAGGCCAACCCACAAGGGGGCUUUCAAGCUGUUGAAUGGGGCAAUCAGUGGAGGCAACUUACAGAUGCCUCCAAAAAAGAGUAUGCAGGUAAAGCGCUGGCUGCAAGGAAUAAAAAGAUUGAUAUAAAAGCAAUCAUCAAAAACAUCCAUUCCAUGUUUUUACUGUUGAAGGAAAAUGAAGAAGAAGUUAAGAAAAGUGGAGUAGAGGGCCUCUGCCUUAUAACGUCAAAAAACUGUAAUAUUCAUUUUACUGAAUUUGGAAAUAUGAAGGGUCUCAGCCAGACCCCACAAAUAUGCAACCUCAUUACGGCAUAUUCAAAUAUGGAAAAUCUGGGACUUGUGAAGCGGGGAAGCAUCCAGGAUUUGAGAGAAAAAGUAAUGGCUAAAAUGUCCAAAAUUGCAAAAGCACAACUUGGUCUGAGCCUAUUCCCUUAUGAAAGGGCCAGAAAGGGGGAAAUCAUCAUCCAUGGAAUUCCCCCUUCCUUAAUGCCCUUGCAGCCACCUGGAAAGCUGGCCACAAAGGAGCUUCAAAAAAUCCUUGACUGUGAAGUCACUGUCACCAGAGCACCAUCAUUACCAGCACCAGUACAUUCACAUGGAACUCGAAUAGCAAAUGCAGAAAAUGAAGCACCAGAGAACACAUUACAACAAACACAACUUAUACAUGAAUCAUCAACAUAUGCAAAUAAUGAAGCAACAGGAAGCAUAUUACAUGAAAUACAAACACAACCUCUAAAUAACACAUCAACACAUACAAACAUCACAUUAGACAUAAACCAAAUGUCACAUCUCAUCAACACUCCAGAAAUGUGUGAUGGGAGAACCCCAGGUCAUGCCACAGAGGGGCAGUUCCAGAGCCAGCUUAUCUCAGACAGCCAGCUUAUCACAAACAUAGAACAUCAGCCAGAUGAUGGGACUAAUACUACUCCUGUGGAAUUCCCAUUAACAGAAUUCAUAAAUGCCCAAAUCAUCCAAGAGUCAGAGGAAAGACCACCACUGGAUGGGACUUCUGAAGCACCUGUCUUAAAAAAAGCUCGGAAGGGAACAGAGAAAAGCUGCUGGUCGUCUGCAGAAGUAGAAACCAUUCAGAAGCAGUUUGCAGAUGAACUGAAUGGAAGGAGGGCGGUCCGAAUGCAGGACAUAAAGAGCUUUCUAAGGAAUUCAAAUUUCCAAAGGACUCCAGCUGCUGUCCAGAAUUACUUGAUAAGAAGAAGAAAAGAGAACACAUCCAAAGUCAAUUAAGGAUUCAGAAUCGACACAGAGGAGUGUUUUAAUUUUGAAUUUUUUUUUUUUUUUUUUGCUGUCUUUUUAAAAUAAAAUCAGUUCACAAACUGCU